UUACUCCCCGUAUGUUGCUCGUGCGUGGCGCGCAAGUCCACGUCUGUGCACGUGUGUUAGCGCGUUGGUACGUAUCAGUGUGUGGACGUAAACUUAUUUGUGUUUAGUUUCCUCUACACCGUACUAACGCGCCUGCAUAGCUAGCUGCACGUGCGUACUCUCAAACUUUAAGGCUGUUCCAACGUGACAAUUAGCAAAUUUACUGAACGCCAAACGAUGAGGCAGUAUGAGAGUUUAAGCGUCAGGAAGGCGAAGAAAAGCGAGAGCAUCGCUAGCUACAACAAGAAAGACACCUCGCUGAGCAGAUUUUCCAGUCGAGAAAAUAAAGCAAAAGGUUUCAAAAUAGACAAAUGGAACGAUGAAGAAAAGCUGCAACUGGGUGAAAAACGGGUUCUGCACAAGGCAGUUAGUGAGAAGAAAAAGAUACCCACUCUUUUGAGAAGGGUCCACACGAAGCCGCAUGGCAGUGCGGGAAGACCUGCCACACUGACCAGGAAUGAAGAACGGUGUGGCAGCAUGAACAGGGGCAGCCCCAAGGGGUGUAACGUGUAUAGAGCUCAAACGAUGACAAAAAGUGUGGGUCGUAGCAGCAACGCGAAACGAAUCGAAAUUUCGGCACCCCCCGGGGUUAUCACCAAAUUAAGCCAGAAAAAGAAAGGCACGUUGAAAAAAAGCGCAACGUGUGAACUACAAGGGGAUGCAAAGAACGGCAAUAAGCAGCAAGUGCAAAUGGGGAGUGAAAACCCCAGGGAGAAUUACCAUAUGGAGGUACUCAACAAAACCGAAUGCAGUCAAAAAUACCCGCCAAAUGUGUUAACCGCAAAUAUUAGGGGCGCAAAAGGGAUAACUUUUCAAAACGCGCAGAUUCCCGCUUGGGCAAGUAAAACGAAUGAAAGCGACAAAAUAACUGGCACACGGGCUAACAGAGCUAACAGGGCUAACAGUGUGACUUACAAAUUUGCGGAGUUCGCCAAAGGGAUGGAGAAGGCCGCUCCGAAAAACAGCUAUUCAAAAUAUUUAGAAGCAAUUUUUAGACCUCCCCAAAUGGCUAGCUUAUCUUAUCGCGCAGAGGAGCACUUCACCAAGCAUGGCUUGUCAAGCAGUAGCGAUGCAAAUGGGAGAGGGGAGCCAGGGGCGAAGCAUGAACGGAGGGGUAGCCAUGUGGAGGGGGCCUCCCCAAACAAGCUGAUCAGUCAUUUUGCACAUCAUCAUCAUGCGCAGGUUCACCCGCAAAAUGACAGUUUCGUGGAAAAUUCAAGGGAGAAUUACGCAAGAGGGGGAGACAAUCCCUUUGCCAGUCGGAAGGACAAAAGUGGAUAUAUCCCAAUGUGGGACAUAAAUAGCCACAAAAUUAUUAGCACAGAUUUUUUGCUUAAGGAAAAAGGUAAGCGUUCCCUCACAGAAAGAAAAAACAACCAACACACACAAAAGGAGAUCACCGCAAAGGAGCAUCUUCCCAGUUCGGUUAGCGAAAAGGAGGACGCCAAGUUUAGAGCGUAUAAAGCCAACACGGCCGAUUUGGGCAUGAAGAAAAAAUCUCCUAAACCCGAAAUGCAUAUCAAUGCGCUACCCCCUAAUGAGACAACCCCAUUAGAAGCACCAGUUAAGAAAGUGCAAAAUUUUGAACAUGAAAAGGGAGGACUCAAAAAGGACCACCCCUUUUCGCAUACCCUAAGUAGCACAAAUUACCAUCCGAUUAACUGUGCCAACCGUUCGAAUUAUAACGAAACGAGGCUCUGCGAAAAUAGGUCUUUCACAGAUAUCAUGUUUAGGGGGGGAACAAAAAAAGAAGGGAAUCUGAACGCAGAUGGUGGAGGCCCUUCCAAAGCCAACUACAAAUUGGAAGAGCCAACCAUGGUUAACCACACAAACGGUGGGAACAAUGCCAAUUGUGUAGAACAGCCCAAAUGGGUUAACAUCCCAUAUAUACAGAAAAGGAGCUCACAUAAUAACGGAGACAUUAUUCAUGCUAAUGGAAGUACCCAAAUUGGGACUUCCCUCCAGAGUGAUAACAACCCCCCCUUUACUUAUAACAACCUCACGCAUGACAUUUCGAAUCAUAAGUUGCCGAGAAGGAACGGCAAUGUUCACCUCCGCAGUGUGACGAACACGAACGAGUGUUUUAAGAGGAGUGCCAUGGAUGAGGAUAAACAGAGUAGGAAUUAUCUCUCCGAAUCGAAAUGGCAAAGUGGUUAUAUGUGGACGGAUGUGAGUGGCCGGCAGGGGGGGGCUCGACCAGAAGUCCACCACUUCUCCCGGGGUGACCAAAUUAGGAGCAACCUCACCGCCGAAUUGGUCAGUCAUGGGGGCGGACCCUCCACGGUGGAAACGCGUAGAGAUUUGCUUGCCACUGCGGCAUGUCGGCCCAGCGAAUCGCCCUGUUUGAGUGGCAGCAGUGCUGGAUUGCCCAAUUUGAGCAGGCCAAAUUUGACUAGCCCCAAUUUGAACAGGCCCAAUUUGAGUAACCCCAAUAUGAGUAGCCCCAAUUUGGCGAACCCCUCCUUAGCCCAUCUCCAUCCCAGUCAACGGAGCCACCCCGAAUAUGCAAGUGGGAUCCCGCACCUGUUCGAUCUUUCCAAAAUGGCGUUAAAGGAAAACCUCCCCAUUUGCUCAACGAAGAUGACUAAGGCAAUACCAGGUGGGCCACCCCAAAUUAGCCGCGCUGAUGAGGUUAGUCAACACACCUACAGUGUGUUAAGUGGGCCCAUAAAUACAACCACAAAUAGUUUACAGGCCUUUAAAAAAAUAUAUAUAGACCACAGCAUGAGCGAAAUAAAGCAUGUGGACGGGUAUGUUUUACGGGAGAGGGGCCCCAAUGUGGACUCGGGCGUGUCGACGUGCAUCUCGCAGGGUAGUGCCACCACAGUGGAAAAAAUGGGGAUGGAGAGAUUCCUAAAAUGUGACCAGAAAGCGACGAGUUUGAAAAAUGAAAAAAUGUUAAGUGAAAUGCCAGCGGGUGAGUGUGUGCCCUCAAUGAAGGGCUAUUUUCCGAAUCGGGUCUUGCCGGAUUUGGGGGGGAAAAGUCGUCAGUUGAGUGGACACCUCUACGUGGAAGGGCUUCCUACCAAACCUACCUUCGUGGGUGACCCCUCUGUGGAUGGCCCCCCUGCGGAUAACCCCAAACGGAUAGACAUGGCAGUUCAUCCUAAUGGCACUCUCAACAAUUUUGCAGUGAAAAACAAACAGGGACAAAAGAGCCAUGACGAAAAUGUGAAUACCGUUAAGCAGGCACCACGACAGGGGCAGCUAACAAGCGACCCAUUGUAUAACCCCCCACUCCGAAAUCAAUUCAUGAGUGCGAGCAACACCAGGGUGAUGCCAAAUGGUCCAGUGCGCCACAACAGCAAUGUGUUUUUCCCGCCUCCCGCAUGCAGAGGUGUGCCUAAGAACCCAUUGGGCAAUAACGCCAGUUUUUCCAUCUCGGGGAUAGCAAAAGAUGGCGCAGUGGCUGGCGGUAGUUUUGAGAGCAAGGCGGGAAAGGGGCCCCGUCCAAGCAGCACAGUUAAAGCGGCCCCAGAAAAAUAUUUAACCAACGUGCGUACCAUGCUGAGUAGCAAACGAGUGGAUGGCGCUGCCCCCAUAAGUGGCAAACAAGUCGAUGGUGCUACCCUCCCCUUGCUGAGUAACAGCACUGAUAGGAGCGCCUUGCAAAAUCACCCCCCUGGGAAGACGCAAAGCAGGGCAAGGGGAAAUCCGCAGGAAGGGGCAACUCCCCCGUGCGAGGCGGGAACAACGUUGACCGAUUUGAAUGCGACAAAGGAGAUCCCCAACAGAAGCGGGUUGCCCGUUUGCAAAUCGAUUAGCAACAGUGACAUCUACAACUACUUACGGAACAAGCACCCAAAAGACUUGGCGCAUUUUCACCGCACAGUGUCCUACAGGAAUCAGAGCUUGAAGAAGGAGAAGUCCCUCACGGUAGUUUCGCAGAAGGGGGGCGCCAACGCGGUUAGCAGCUCGAUUGCAAAGGCGAAAUUGUUGGACGGCGCCAACGCGGUUAGCAGUUUAAGUGCCAAGGCGAAAUUUCUGGAGGACGCCAAAACGAGGGAGCAGCUCUUGGACGCUGCAUUCGAAGCAGACUCAAAGCACACCGUAAAAAAGGCAGUCGUGAUUGGCUGCAACUACAUGAGGGAGGCAGAAGGGGAGAGGCUCUACGGGGCAGUGAACGACGCAUACAUUUUCAGCAGAGUGUUAGUCAAGUACUUCGAUUUUAAACCCGAAAAUGUUCUGUUGCUAACGGAUAGUCUACCCUCAAAUGCGUACAUACAUGACGAUUUUGACAUAAAUAAAAAAAAGUAUAUAAGGCAAGGAGCUAGCCAAAACAGAACAAAAGAGGAAGAAAGGAAGAAAAAAAAAAAUUUAUUUCAUUUGUUCAAUACGAGCAGCAUAGGUGGUUAUCAAAAAAACGGGGCAGAUAGGGAGAAGUGCAAUUCGUGUAAAAAUUUCGCUAUUAAAAAUGUUGACAUUUCAUCCGAAGGGAUAAAUUUGCAGUUGUGGCCAACAAGGAUAAACAUUUUAAAAGCUGUAAAUUGGCUAGUUAGAGAUUCCGUGCCACUCGGUUCAUACGUUUUUUACUUUGCGGGAAAGAGUGUGCAAGUAGAUAACAUGAGUGGGUGGGAGGGGGAAGGUUACGACGAAGCUUUUCUUUGUUCCGACCCCUUUAACCGAGUGCAAGAACAAAACGUAUUGACAGCUAUUCAGUUGAAAGAUUUAUUGCUAAGUAUAAAUGCCAGUGCCCAAAUGACUAUCGUCUUAGAUUGCUCAGGCUGUCAAACCAUUUUAGACCCAGCUGGAACAGAAAAUUCCCUGUCUUAUAUAAAAGGUUGUAAGCAGAAGGGCAUAUGGCCGAUUACUAACCCGACCAAUAAAGUCCAUAAGGCUAUCUACGAUGUGACUAUAAUGAAUAAUGCUAGCAUGAAAAAAUAUUUUUGCAAAUCGAGGUACCAUCAAAUGAUAGAAGUAGAAUCCACCGCUGCUAUGAUUGACCCUUUGUUGCAGUCCAUUUCGUCUCUGCCCAUUGCGCCCAAGGCCUACUGCUUCUGUGCAGCUACGUGGGAGCAAAUUUCCAUAGAGGGUCUGUUCCCCCUUAUGGAGUUCGCUCGCGUGACGCAGAUUAAGGGGGUGGAUACGGUUGACCACACGGGGGGGAAUAAAAAGGGCUGCAAAAAAAAAGGCGGUGGGGAGGGACAAACGGGUGGAGAAGUCCCCCACCAGCCAGGCGAACAUUCAGCCAAGAAGAGUGCCUACGAGAAAAAUUUCAGCUUCUCGCUAAAUGUGGUGAAGAUGUUUUUUAACAGUAGUGGAGCUGCGGGUAGCAGCGGUAACGAACGUGCACGGGGUGCCUCAUCCCUCGGGGGGCCGCAAGAAAACGCGCACAUGGGGGAGAGCGGUAAGAGUGGCAAAAGCGGUGAACACGGCGAGCAAGGCAACCACGGAAGCCACAGCGACCGUUCCGAGGACGCCGCUUACAGCGAAGAGGAGGAAGAAAAUGACUGCCUACUCGUCAGCCACGGAGUAUUCACAUACUGCCUAGUGGAAGCCAUCAUCGAAUUUAAAGAUUCGCAAUUGAAAAGCAACAUUUUGGAAAGGAAAAAUCAACCCCUCCUGCCAAUGACUUUAAAAAAUUUAAUAAUGCUUGUCCAAAAAAAAGUUGAAAAUGUAAAAAAUGAAAAAUUAAAAAAAUUAAAUCAAAAACCAGAAUUCACCAUCCACCCAGGAGCUAAUGCUAACAGUACAAACUACUUUGUUCAUUACUGCAAAAAUAUACAGUUUCAAAAUUAUAAAUUUAAUUUUAUAAAUUCGGAUUUGUCUCCUUUUUUAAAUGUUAACAAAGCGUGGGAAGAAAUCCACCGGAACACCCUCAGGAGUAGGAAGUCCCUGUCCGUCACGUCCACUCUGAUUAACUCGGCGUCUUCCAAGUAUUUUUCCGAAACGAACGGGCAGAUGAAAAGUUGCUACUCAAUGAGGUAUUAG